AUGGAAUAAGCUUCUAAUUAUUUUUUUAAUUCUCCUUAAAAAUAACAAAAAGCCUUUUGGGAUAGAAAUUUUGAUUUAUUACUUAGUAGGCAUGAAAAUUUCUAAACCUCAAGUGAUAACUGCACUACUUUAUAUAAAAGGGGAAAGUUAUUAAAAAAAUGGAUACCAAGACUAUAUUCUGUAUCAGGAGAUUAUUUAUUGUAUGGAGAUGAGGUAAAAUAUGUUAUAAUUCAGAAAAUGAAAGGGUUCAGGAAAUUAGAUUGCGUUUAUUUGCAUUGCAACAUACUAGAAACUACAUAUAGAUAUCAUUUACAACUGAUAUAUUGUGGAUUUAUUCUUGACCUCUAUACUGAUAAAAAGACAGAUUAUGAUAAUCUUAAAGAAAUACUCUAAUAGCAUUGUAUUCUAACUGAUUUUCAUACUUAAUAUAGUAUAUUAAAACAAAUUGGCUUUGGCUCAAAUGCAAAAGUUUAUAUAGCCAGAAGUAAUUACAAUAAGCAAUACUAUGCUAUCAAGAGAGUUUAGAAGAAUUAUUCAAUUAAAUAGAAGAAAUAAGAAUAAGAGCAAGCACUAAAAAAUGAAAUUUAGAUAAUGAAAGAUUUGAAUCACCCCAAUAUAAUAUCUUUUCACUAAGUUUUCGAGACCAACAAACAUAUAAAUCUUGUUUUGGAAUUAAUUUAAGGAGGGGAAUUACUAAAAUAAGGAUAAUGCAAAAGUAUUAGAGAUGCCAGAAUUAUUGCUCGCCAAUUGGCUUUAUGUGUAGAUUAUAUGCACUAAAAAGGAAUUAUGCAUAGAGAUUUGAAGCCUCAUAAUAUAUUAUGUAAAACUAAUACUGCUGAUGUUUUAAUUGCUGAUUUUGGUUUAGCAACCUAUAUAAAGGAUUAAAAAUAAUUAUAUUACAGAUGUGGAACUACUGGAUAUGUUGCUCCAGAAAUAUUGAUGUAUAAAGAAGGCGCUAAGAUGUACAACGAAAAAUGUGAUAUAUUCAGUCUCGGAGUCAUAUAUUAUUAACUAAUUUAUAAUACACAUCCUUUUAAAGACCCUUAGAAAUCUGGAAUCUUAAAGAAGAACUUAGUAGUUGAUUAUAAAUUCGAUGAUUCAAUUAAAGUACCAUAAAGCUGCAAAGAUUUAAUAUCUUAAAUGUUAAGAUUAAAUCCAAAAUUAAGACCAUCUGCUUCUCAAAUUUUAAGGCAUGAUUUCUUUAAUGAAUAUUUGAAUGAACUUUCAUACCCAAGUUUGAUCAGUUCAUACUAAGAUUUAAGCGAAUAAAAAAAAUCUGGCCACUCUUUUAAUUCGUAAAUUUGUGAAUUGAAGUUCUCAACAUUUUAGAAAAAUGGCCUAAAUGUUUUUGAAAAAAUCCCCUUCUCAGGAAUUAACGAUAUUCAUAAUAAUCAGGGGAAUGAAUUGAAAGAGAGGUCACCUAUUUGGAAUAAGAGGAUUGAAUUAUAAAGACCAUCCAGCCAACCAAGAUCAAAAGCCUAAUCCCUCUAUUCUUGUAAGAACUUAGAGAUCAGAGGAAAUAAAGUUUCGAUAUUUCGUUAAUAAUCAAAGAAUUCAGAAAGUGAUUUAGAUUAAUCUCACUAACAACCUUACAAUACCAUAAUCAAUAGAUGUAAAAUAAGAAAUAAAUGA